AUCCCACCACUGCACUCCAGCCUGUACUCCUCUGUCUCAAGAAAAAACAAAAAUUGGGGACGGAUCAGCAUAGAAAGCCAUUAGCUGGGCUGUCUCCUGCCCUCUGCAGUCCCAGCUUGUGUGCUCAUGGCUGGGCCUGUUGGCCAAGCCUGUCAUUCCAGGUGACACCAAGGCCUUUUCAGGGCUAGAGUGACCUGCAGCCACCUAUGGUCAGCAAGGCUGAGUGGUUCCAGGCACAGCUGGGGAUGAAACUGGUGACAGGGCCAGCCCUGUCAUCUUUACAGGGAACCCCACAUGGCAGGAAGGCAGCAAGCUGGCCUCUCUGCAUCACUGAGCCAUAUGCUGAGUGACCAGGCCCAUGUGACAGCACUGCUGGAAAGGAUGGAGGAGGAUGGACAGUGGGUGGCCGCCCUGGGUGCCAAGCUGUUCGUGCCAGGGCUGGUGGGGCUGUGUGCCCUUGGCCUGCUGCAGCAGUGGGGCCAGCUUUGGACCAACUCCCUGAGGAUCCAGUACAGCCUCCUGGGUAAGGCACUGCGUGCCUGGCUGUGGGGCAAGUGGAGGUGGCAGGGCCUGCCUUGUUUCCUGUGGCUGUGGCUCUGCAAGCUAAGAUAUGCUGUCACCACAGGAUUUUCCAUUAGUCAUUCUGUGGGCUCUGAGUAUGGCUUAGUACCUGCUCUUUAAAAAAAAAAAAGAUAUGUCCAUUGAGGGGACAUUCAUCCAUCUCUUAAGACCUCCCCAUGAACAGGUUCUAAUGGAGUGACAGGGAAAGCAGAGCACAAGGCUGGCGGGACAUGGCUGAGGCCAGGCUGGGCUGGGCCCUCCUCCUCUUGGAGCCCUGGUGGAGGGCUGCCUGGCAGAGGAGGGCAGGGGUCCCUUGAUUGAUCCUCACAGCUCAGGCAAAGCAGCCAGCGCACGGAGCAGCACUAGCCAGAGGCUGCAGACACAGUGGCUCAGACGGCGCCUACAGGCUGGAGCUGGGCCAUGAGCUCCACUGCACACAGAUCCCAGCCUUCAGCCACAAGGUGGGUGCUUAGGCCGGGGUUACGUCUAAAGGGAGCACCAGAGUUAGGGAAGUGGUGAUCUGAGUACCCUGAGUUCAUCCCCAAAGAGAUGAACUUGCUCCCAAUAGCAUAGCCAUAUAGAAAUGGAUCCAGGGCUGGCACUUCAGCCUCAGUCUUAUGUCUAUUCAUCCAGGGUUGCUUGAGGCCAGGAGGCAGAGGUUGCAAUGAGCCAAGAUUGUGCCACUAUAUUCCAUCU